CAAUUUUGACCACAGUCGACACCAAGAGAACUCCGACUUCUUCACUUCAAUCCAGACACCGUCUCUCUCUCUCACUGACACACACACACAUGGCGCUGCUGAUGAGCCUUGGCGCCGCCGUGUACUCCUACUUCUCCACGGCAACCGCGCCGCCGCGUCCCCGAAGAUGCAUCCUGUCGUUUCGCGCCGCCGCCUCCCCUGCGGCGCUGGACCGCCGGCGACGGCCGCAGAACGUGGCGGGCGAUUUCUUCGUCGACCAGCGCUGCAUCGACUGCCAGACCUGCCGAUGGAUGGCGCCGCAAGUGUUCAAGAGGGUGGAUGGCAAGGCCGCCGUAGCGGCGCAGCCCAGCUCCGAGGAGGAGAGGACCAAGGCCCUGCAGGCGCUGCUCUCCUGUCCAACAUCCUCAAUUCACACUGAGAAACCUCCAAAGGACAUCCUUCAAGUGCAAAACAUGUUUCCUCUUCCAAUCGACGACAAACUACUCCCAGGCGUUUAUCUCUGUGGGUACAAUUCUGAAGACUCAUAUGGGGCAACAUCCUACCUGGUAAUUCAUCCACAAGGAAACAUACUGAUUGACAGCCCAAGGUAUACUUCAAAGCUGGCCAACAAUAUUGAAAAGCUUGGUGGAGCGCGCUACAUGUUUUUGACCCACAUUGAUGAUGUGGCGGAUCACAGGAAGUGGGCUGAGCAGCUAAAAUGUGAAAGAAUAAUUCAUAUGGGAGAUGUGGAGGAGGCUACUGCAGAUGUUGAGUGGAAACUUGAAGGAAAUGGGCCAUGGAACAUAGGAACAGAUUUUGAAUUUAUCCAUACGCCAGGCCAUACCCCAGGCUCGGUGUGCUUGUAUUACAAACCGCCAAAGGUGCUGUUCACUGGAGAUCAUGUUGCAAAGUCAGAAGAAUCAGACGACCUGAAUCUCUUUCUGAUGUACAGCAAACAGUCAGUGAGCCUUCAGCUGGAAAGCAUAAGGAAACUAUUGGAGGUAGAGUUCGAAUGGCUUUUACCUGGGCAUGGCUAUCGAAUUAGGUACAAAGAUGUGCAGGCCAAGAAUGCAGCCAUGGAGUCCCUCCUAGCUAACUACUUAAGCUAGGCCGCCUAGGAGCAUUAGUGCUCAAAAUAAGGAUUGCAGGAGGCUGAAUGUUGAUGCUAUAUUUCCAGAGAAUAGUGUGCAUGAACUCUUGAAUGUGCAUUUGUUACCAGAGAAUGCAAUGCUUUUGUACUCCCGCCGUAUAGGAUUUAGAUAUCGUUUUGGACAAAGUUUAGGUCAAACAUUAGAAAUAUAAAUCAUCAAUAACUUUAAAAUUAUUGAGUUUGUAAAUGUGAAAAUUAUAUGAAUAGAUCUGUCUUAAAAAUGCUUUAAA